AUGGAAGCUGCACCUCCAGGUGGCUCCAACUGGGUACAGGACCCGUGCCCCACACCCUCCACCCGAUCGCCUCAACCCAGGGACCCAGGUCCUCAGCUCCAUGCCCACUACCCUGACCCACCAAGACCCUCUCAAGAACGGAGUGGGGGAAGGGGUGACAAGGGGCCCAUUGUACAGAUGGAGCUGGCCACCCCACCCCCAGAUCGGGACUAUGCUGCGCCCCAGCCUGCUCACGGAGGCUCCCCUCCCGUCAAUUACCCACCGAGAGAACCAGGGAUCCAGGCGGCCUGGGGCGCCCGGGAGCGCGGCCUAGGGUGGGAAAGGAAUGAGCCGGGCAGUACCUGGCUGAGCGGCCGCCAGGUGCCCGGAGUUCGGUUACCCCCGAGGCGGCGGGCAGAGGAGUUUGGCGCGCCCCCACCCCUGCGUCGGGCUCCUAUCCAGGCUGGCGUCCUGAAGAUUCCCCUUGAGUCGCGGGCCCCAGCCAGGAAGCCGCCGCCAAAGCCCCAGAUGCUCCGCGGGGAGGCGCUGCGCGCCCGAGAGGCCGGGCCUGCACCGCUGGGCUACGCUGCGCAGCUUGUAGCAGCAGCACAUCACCUACCUGCAGCCAUGGGGAGCCAUCAGGAUUUUCGGAGCCUCCAAGCCAAGUUCCAGGUCUCUCAGUCACAGCCCAGUGACCUCCCCCCAAAACCCCCAAAGCCUGAAUUCAACAAACUCCAGAAGAAGUUUCUGUCCCCGGAGUUCCCAGAGUUCCCCAAGAAGCCCUGCAAACUUGAGGUCAGUGGAGUCUCCAAGAAGUCGCUGCAGCCCGAGGCCAGGGAGACCAAGCAACCCUCGCAGCCAGAGCCUCCUGCGCUUGACCAAAAGCCCCCCCAGCCUCAGCUCAACCAUCCUGCCAAACCCCCCUCAGAACCCAGGCCUGGUGUACUCCCCAAGAAGUUUCAGCACCCUGGGGCCAGCCAGAGGCCCUCACCAGCUGAGUCCAGUACCUUCCCCAAGAAGCCGCCUCAGCCCCAGUCUGGAGGCCUCAUCAGAAAGUCAUUGCCACAGCCUGAGUUCAGUCAGGGGUCCCCACUGUCCCCCUUAAAGCCAGGGCCCUGUGAACCCUACCCCAACUCCCCACAGUCUGACUUUAGCACCUCUCCCAGGAAGUCUCCACAGCCCCAGGCCAGCGGGCCCCCUAAGAAGUUCCUGCUGCAGUCCGAGUCCAGCGAGGUCCCUCUGACACCCCCCUGGAAGCCUGAGACCAGUGACUCCCAAUCCCAUGCCCCCCAACAGGGAGGCUUCAGUAUGUUUCCCAAGAAGCCACCCCAGCCCCAGCCAAGUGACCUCCCCAGGAAGCCCCCCCACCAGCCUGAGUUUGGUGACCUGGCCAGGACCUCCUCAGAGCCCCAAGUCAGUGUGAUCCCCAAGAGGUCACAGCAGCUGGAGCUCAAGGUGCUUCCCAAGAAGCUCCCACAGGCUGGGGGGAGUGGUCUCCCCAGGACCUCCUCGGAGCCUGAAUUCAGCUCGCUCCCUAGGAAGUUUCCACAUCCUGAGCACCAGGGGUCACCUCGCAAGUUCUCACAGCCUGAGCCCAAUGCUGGGGUUAAGAAGCCCCCCACACAGUCAGAGCCCUUUAAGGGUUUUCCUCGAAAGCCACCACUCCCCGGCUGGGUUUCUGAAAGCUCGCUGCCUGCUGCCAUGGCCGGCUCCAGCCCUGGGUCUGGUCUGGCUGGAACCCCCCACUGGAGGUCAGAGGACCUCCGAGCCCAACACCUACCCCGGAGAAGGCCUCUGCCACCUGCCAGCAGCCUGGGAUCCCCUCCAGUCAAGCCCCCACUGCCCCCAGGCCCCCUCAAUAUCCAGAGUUUUCGGAGACUGUCAGCAGCGGGCACAGCUGGAAGGACAACCCGCUCUUCGGUUGGAACCCAAGCCCAACAGCCAAAGAACACCCCACAGGACCCUGAUGAGAUCUACGAGUUAUAUGACAAUGUGGAAUCCACCGAUGACCCAGGCCCCAGGGGCAGAGAUAAAGUGGUAUCUACCCACCCAGCAACCAAGAGGCCACUGCAAGAACCAGAGCUCAGGAAAGAGAAGGCCCCACCAUCACAGCAGUUACCAUCCAUGGACCCGAAGCAGCUGAAGCAGAUCAGAAAGGCAGAGAAGGCAGAGAGGGAGUUCCGGAAGAAGUUCAAGUUUGAAGGUGAGAUCGUGAUUCACACAAGGAUGAUGAUCGACCCCAAUGCUAAGACCAGGCGCGGGGGUGGCAAGCACCUGGGGAUCCGGCGUGGAGAGAUCCUGGAGGUGAUUGAGUUUACCAACAAGGAAGAGAUGCUGUGCCGGGACCCCAAGGGCAAGUAUGGCUAUGUGCCCAGGACCGCACUGCUGCCCCUGGAAACGGAGGUGUAUGACGAUGUUGGCUUCUGGGAUCCUCUGGACAACCAACCAUUUCCCAGGGCACAAUAGGCCACAGGUGGGUCCCAGGACCACCUACCCAGCCACCUACUAACACAGGAGCCCUGGGUCCCCCAGCUUGGCAGAGGUGGCUGCUC